UCAGGCUUCAGCACGUAACCACUUGCCAAUAUAGCUAGUAAAUCCCCACAACUUCCGCCGAUCCUUUGUUCUUUCAUCCACAUCUAUAUACACUUGUCCAGCUGCGCCACCUCAGCAUAUAAAGCAUGUUCCCGACCAACCUUAGAGCGAGGCAUAAGCAGCGCCAGAAGACUGCAGAAGCCGCACGGGCUUAUCAGCGCGAGUCGCCACCCGGCCCAGGGGCGCGCGACAGUGAUGUCGCAGGCGACUAUGGCGUACAGAGUAUGAGCGAGUGGGGUAGUGAACUCAUCUCAAGGAGCCCUAUAUCGCAGUCUGAAAAGGAGCAUCAAUCAGCAGCGAUGGCGAUUGCCACAGAUCUCAUGGAAACAUCCCGGGAAGAUGAAGCCACAAAUAAUAUGGAGAUCGAUGAGUCAGAGCCUACCAACGGACAAACUGAACGUUCACCAAGCGACUCAAGCAGUACAGAGACGGUAUCCCCUGGUGAUAUCCAAUCUGGCGGUACUAUUGACACUGAGGCUAAUCUCGCCAUCACGCCCAGCCCAGAACAUACGAUCCACCCUUUUGACGGUGUCUCUCCAAGUGUUUCUACAGACGACCCUGCAUCGAGACCUCGUACAUCCCAACAUCAUCAACAUCAUCACCACCACCAACACGUCCAUGAUCCCGCUCGUUUAAGAGAGCAUACAUUGCACCACUUGCGGCUUCGCGAUCUCCCACGACCAGCCACGCCGACAUCACCUUCUUUACCUCCCUCAGAACCUGGAUCGCCUAUGAGCUUUGCUAGUAUGCCGAGCUAUGUGGCUUCUCUUUCCUCCCUCUCGAGGGCAUCGUCGGCGGCAUCUCCUGUUGGAGAGGACGAUGCUGAUGCCAAUGACGAUGUAGGUGGUGAUUUGGUAUUGCCGCAAUUGAGCUUGCCGACCGAGAGUCUGAGCCUUCAUUUGAGUUUACAGCGAUGGCCAAAUCGUGACGUGGAGAUGGAAGAUGGAAAAGAGGAAAGACGAGGUGUUGUUACUGUAGCUCUUAUUGGGACGAAGGACGAGAUUGAAAAAGUUUUGAAGGAGGUCAAAGAAUGUGUGGAGAUGGUCAAACUUGAUGGGGGGGCCCUUGGGAUUAUCAGUGAUGGUAGAGUGGCGAUAAGGCUUAUUACAAGUCUUGAAAUUGAUCAAGUGCAAAGUAAAGUGUAUCAGGCAUAUCAGACAUUGAAUGCCCUUUUGAGUCCUGUACCGCCACCUUCACGCGAGAUAGAGAGUGAGUUACGAAGACUGAUAGCUGGGUAUGCAAAUCGAGAAGAUUGGGUGCAUGCUGUGGUUGUCUUUGACAAUCGGGAAUCAAGUGGCAACCUCGAGAGAAUGACUCCCGUCACAAGGAUAUCUGCAAACGAUUCUAUUCAUGAAUCCAUCUCGUCUACUCCGAGCGCAGUCUCAGAGCGAGCCACACAUCCAUCCCAGAUAUCAGAUUCCAGACUGCACGAGCCUACACCUCGCGCUAGGGACGAUAUGGAUGGAUACUUUGCCUCUCAACACUUUUGCUCGCCAUUGACAAGCUCGGAAUCUGCGGCAGAUCCUGCUUCCACACAUAGUACUCACUCUGCUCGAACUUCUCGGUCUCCAUCCAUAUUGCGAGAAGGAACAGCUCCUAUGAGCUCAGCCGCCCGCACUCUUUGCAACCUCUUGUCAUCCCCUUCAACCCUCAUUCACCAGUCUACCGCGUCUUUCCUUGCUUGGCGUUAUUCGCUCAGUGGGCCACCCUCUACCUCUAUGUCUCCAAUCUCCGUCUCAGCCUCUGCCUCGGCCUACGCCUCCGCUUCCUCCAGCUACUGUUUUGGAGGUAAUCCCAUGCCGACUGUUGCAAGAGCCCAGGGUGGUGGAGAGUGGGAAGCCAACCUGUCGAGACGUGUUGCCCAAAGGAGAGAAUCAGGAGGACGAUCUGUGGGCUUGAGUGAGUCGGGAAGCGGAAGAGGGAAGGGGAGUACGUUCAAAGCGAGGCCUCGUCGGCGUCGUCGAUCACUCGAGAAGGCAGAGCAAGAAAAAGCUUGUCAAUCCCUUUUCCCCAAGGUAUCUUCUUCGCCUUUUUCAUAUUCCCAAGGGAAGUCUAGGGGCAGCAGCCUUGGCAUUGGGUGGCUUGUGGAAAAGACGUUUGGGAUAAGUGUAGAGAGUGCUAAAGGUAUGCAGACUUGGUGGGCGAAGAAUGGGGUUUGGAAGUGGGGCGUGGUAGCUGCUGUUGUUGUCAUUGGAGGAUUGGGCCUUUGGGCAAAAGGUCGUGCUUGAGACUAGUCGUGAAGGUAUGUACGUGUAGGAUGAGUUGUACCAUACUAGUCAGGUUAUCUAUAGAUGCGUCUUGUUGUGCAUAUCAAGUAUUACUAGUAAUUUUGUAUCAUCUAUAUUUUUUGUUGAUCCCUCUUUUAGUUUGUUGCGUUGUGAUUGGGGAAUCGCUCUAGCCAGUUUAUUGUACCGCCGAAUGUAAGCUUUCUG